GCCUCACAGUCGAAGACACAAAUAUACCCAAAGCACACGCGUCCCCACCGCUUUCACCCGGAGGCAGUGCCGCUGGCAUGGCUGACUAGCUGGGAGCCGGGCCUGGGGUCAACGCUGCAGCCCAUCUGUGCGACAAAGAGCUCGGGCAGCAGGCAGCGGCGACUCCUGGGCUAACGUGGCCAGUCUCCCGUCUCCGCACGCCCACACGGCAGAUCCCACCCCCCGGCCUGAGGUAAACAAGCUCUCCAACCCCUUAGGCCGGCAAGACCCCCAAACAUGGGCGGAAGCUCUGCAGCCCCUCGACCCGUGACCCCGAGACCCCAGCCUUCGCCGCCCUCACCCGGAAGCCCCGCUGACCCGACACCGCCCCUCACCGCGGCCACCGGCGCCGCCCGCUCGCCGAUCCGACCGUCGCGGAAGUACUCCUAACCUCCUCACGGAGGCGGGUUCGCCUUCAAGGAGUGCUUCCGGGUCAAGCAUCUGCUGGGGCGGAAGGCGCUGACUCCAGUGAGGCUGGCCUUCAUAUUCAUCUUUUAAUUUUGAAAGCCUCCGAACACCUUGGACCACUUCUUUGGAAAACUCUUCUACCAGCAACAAGUCAUUUACUGCGAUCCUGUUCAGCAUAGCCACGUUUGAGUUUUCCAAGCCUCAGUAGGACUGCCUUUGGUUUUCCCAUGAAGCUGCAUCACUGCCUGUCCCUCUUACUGGUGGUCACUCUUGUGCCAGCUGCUCUGGUUUUGGAAGAUGUGGCUCCACUGGAAGCAAAUCAGAGUUCUUACAAUGCAUCGUUUCUCCCAAGCUUUAAACUCUCAGCAGGUUCCUACUCAGGUGAUGAUGUCAUUAUAGUCAAAGAGGGAACAAAUGUGUCGUUGGAGUGUCUUCUCACGGUGGAUCAGUAUGGAGAAGUCCACUGGUACAACUCAAAAGGACAGCAGCUGCACAGCAGAGGUGGAAAAUGGUUGGUUUCUGAUAACUUCCUAAAUAUCACCAGCGUAGCCUUUGAUGACCGUGGGCUCUAUACUUGUAUCAUCACUUCUCCAACUCGUGCCUCCUACUCAGUCACCCUCCGUGUGAUCUUCACCUCUGGAGACAUGAGUGUCUACUAUAUGGUUGUCUGCCUGAUCGCCUUCACAAUCACGCUCAUCCUGAAUGUCACUCGGCUGUGCCUGAUGAGCACCCAUCUCCGCAAGACUGAGAAGGCCAUCAAUGAGUUCUUCAGAACUGAGGGGGCUGAGAAGCUCCAGAAGGCCUUUGAGAUUGCAAAGCGUAUCCCCAUCAUCACCUCUGCCAAAACCCUCGAGCUUGCCAAGGUCACACAGUUUAAGACUAUGGAGUUUGCCCGCUAUAUUGAAGAACUGGCCAGAAGUGUCCCCCUCCCGCCCCUUAUUCUGAACUGCCGGGCCUUUGUUGAGGAAAUGUUUGAGGCUGUUCGAGUGGAUGACCCUGAUGACAUGGGAGAGAGAAUUAAGGAAAGACCUGCUUUGGAUGCUCAAAGCGGCAUCUAUGUGAUUAACCCAGAGCUAGGCCGAAGUAACUCCCCUGGUGGGGAUUCCGAUGACGGCUCUCUAAGUGAGCAGGGACAGGAGAUAGCAGUACAGGUCUCUGUCCACCCUCAGUCAGAGACCAAAAGCAUUGGGACAGAUUCUCAAGACAGUAGUCAUUUCAGCCCACCCAGUGACCCUGCAUCUGCUGAGGGCCGCAUUCACCACAGAGUGAGCCUGUGACAACUGACAGCUUGCCCAGUGCUCAAGAAAAGAGCCUGCUAUGAGAACAUAACAUUAUUAUAAAAUGACCAGGGUCUUCCCUUUAACCUUAAGCACACUACAACAUGAAUUGCCAAAGUCAUUGUGAAAGGGCAGCAUUUUUCUGAUAUUUGGUCAUUUUGCUUAAGGUUGCUGGAGUGAUGUGUGUUAAGAUUGAAAGAUACCUGGGCCUCAGUAAGACUUCUGGUCACAGUUUUUUUUUGUCUCAUGUAUGACACAUUGAAGCCUGAGUUUCCCCAUCAAUGGAAUCAGUGAUUUGUUCUCAUUGAGUUGAGACUUCAAAACAUCUUACCUAUUGUACUUCUAAGUCAGCCUUUCACUAGACCUUUGGUCCAUCCUUUGAGACUCUAUUCUGCACUCUAGUUGUCUACACCAAUGCCAGACAUGGAAUGGCCUGCCCUGGGGAAUGAACAUAUGCUAGUGCAGAUCUUGUAAGUGUGGCACCAGUGUGUUACACAGAUCUAGAAAGUAAUUUCGAUUAGAAAAUCCCUCUCACUGGGCAUGGUAGCACACACCUUUAAUUCCAGCACUCAGGAGGCAGAGACAGUCAGAUCUCUGAGUUCCAGGCCAGCCUGGUCUAUGGAGCAAAUCCAGGAUUGCAAGGGCUACACAGAGAAACCCUGUCCCAAAAAAAAAAAAAAAGAGAGAGAGAGAAGGAGGAGGAGAAGUCUCUCUCCAUGAGAAUUGUAUUCUUGGGAGAACAUGCUGUCUUUCUAGCUUACCAAAACCUUUAGUCCAUCGAGGCUGGCCUUGAUGUCCCCAAGGGAAAAUGUUUUUGGUGUUUUGUGAACAAGAACUAUCUCAAGUCACCUCCCUGGAAAAUCAUCAAUUUUGAUACUUUUUAAUAAUGCCUCAGGCUUUCUCUUUUUAGACAUACUAAAUUCCCAGGUGGGCUCUGAGUAGGUUUAGAACUGCAGAAUCUGCUUCAGUGCCCGGCAGCACUCCUGCCCACUGUUCCUCAACCUGGUGCUAAAGACGAUACGCCUCUUCUUGUCUCCUUGAGACUUGUUGGUAUUUUUGUUCUUUGGAUACAUCCUUUUGAGUGAGGUCUCUUUUGUAGCCUUUUUUGAGGCACCUACCUGAAAUCAGAUGAGAUCAUCAUGCUCAGUGCAUUAUUAUAUUAAAACGGGCAAGCCAGACCUAAGGGGGAAAUGACAAGUGGUGGUGCUGCCUGCCUCGUCUGGGUACAGUGAGCACUGAAGCUGGUCCUUCCUGCUGGCUGAGAGUGACAUGACAGAUUGUAAAUAGUCUCCACAAUCAUUUCCUCAGCUGCAGGAAGCGCAUGCCAUGGAUUUUUAACAUCGUGGCCAUGGAGCUCAUUGUGAUGCUUCACUUCAUUUGGCUUCUGGUUGUUGGAGAUUUGCUUGAACUAGAAGGUCCUGAGGGAAGUGUGCAGAGAAGGUGUUCAUCGGAAUUUAAUUUAAAGUGUCAAACAGAGGACAGCAGGAAAUUCAAAGUAACCAGUGAGCUCAGUGCCUGCUUUUGUCAGGCUCAUCAGAUACGACACCUCCACUCUGGACAAUGUGAACGAAUCAGUGUGCAGUUUUAUCAAGUGGCAUAUGGAUAAUAAGGGAAUUCUGCCUUUUCUGUCUCUCAGGCUGUUUCCAUGGAAACCUCUAGAGCCAAACAAAAGCUACCAAUCAUUCAACCAAAAAGCUUGCCUUGGCUCAGAGAUGGGAGUUUCUUUAAGGAAAGCUGUUUUCAUACAUUUGGCUGUAGAAUAAGGGCUCUUACACAUACCCUAAGUUACAGAACAUGUUUUUCCUUCCUACUGUUCCCUGGACAUAGUAAAUUUUUUAAAAUCUCUUCUGUGGGGUCAGUCUCCUAAAUUUCCCUCAGAUCUGUAGUCCCUUGCCUGAUAAAACAAGGUUGGGGUCACUUCUUACAAUAAAGUCUGUUGCCUUAAAUACUGGUUUUACCCCCACAUGUUCCUAGAAGGAACAUUAAUGUCUUGAACUUUAAGGUAGACAUACUUAAUGACCAGAUUUUCAGAAAAUGAUACUUUACAGAAAUGAAAAAUACCAAAACAGUUAGGUAAGCUUACAGGAUUCAUACAGGCCACUCCACCAUAGCCUGGGCCAGUCAUCACAGAAACAUAAAACAGACGCUUUGUGGUAGAACACAGCUGUAAUCUCAGGUCCUGGGAGGCAGAGGCAGGGAGGAUUGCAAGUGCUGAGCCAGUCUGAGCUAUCUAACAAGAGCCUGUCUCAAAAAAAGCUAGCCAGUAGGCACGUAUUUGAGGGUGGGGGGUCAGUUUUCUGGUGUGUACUAAGCCUGGACUUGAUCCAAUGAAAUCCUAACCAGUGGCCAAUGCAGCUGCCCUGCUUUGAGCCUUCCGAGUUAUGUUAAAAUAGGGUAGGGUCAAACUCGGGAGGAGUGGCAGACUUGUAAAAGCUCUUUUUCAAAAUGAAGAGGACAACGGUUAAUAUUUUCUGUGUCUAAUCAAACCAAAUGGAUUUAACAGUCUCAUCUGUAAACCUUUUUUACCUUAGGAACUUAAAACUACAGUCUGAAAGUCUGUUACCAGCUGGUGUCUUUCUGUCUGGCUGAAUCUUAUAGGCUUGUUUUGUUUUGUUUUGUUUUAAAUGCCUUUGAGCAGCAAAAUGUGGCUAAAAUAGGUCUGUUGCCAUAUUGUGAAUCCUGUAUCAUCAUUUAAUGAACUUCAGUGUCCUUACAGAAUCAAAUAGUGGCUUCAUAAAAUAACUCUACCAAAAGUUGCCAUUUCAGCAUCUUCAUACACUCCUUCCACACGUGCACUUUUGAGUUGAUGCUGUCAUAUUUAUAACAGUUUGGUAACCCCAGUUCUCAAAGCUGUGUCUAAUAUGGCUUAAAUAUUUUUUAAAAAAGCAGGUCUUGCCAUACUGUCUAACCUGGCUUCAAACAUGUUAUCCUCCAGUCUCAGUCUCCUGGAUACUAGAAUCACGCAUGCACUGUCAUGCUGGCCUUCGUCUGCCUUUGUCUUAGUAUGUAGCCUAGGCUAGCCUUUAACUUGGAGCAAUCCUCUUGCUUCUGCCUCACAAACACAAAGGUUACAAGUAUCACUAUGCCUGCCUUUCAGGCUUCCUUCUUGAGUCAAGCCCAGUGAGCUUGUCUGUUCUGUCCACUACACAUUGAUACAAACAUGGUAAGAAGUGCUGACUCUGGGACAACCGUGAGAAAGCCCCCAUUGCUACUUGGUCUCCCUUCCACGUAGUAAAGGUCAGCUUCCCAUCUGCAUGCCACUUCCUCUUCUGUUCCCCAACCUCAGGAGCCCGUGGGCCAAUGCUUUGGAUACCCUACAGCAGACUAAGCUGGAUCCCUGACUAACCCCGGAGGCUGCGUGCAUGCUGUCUAGAGCCUCACUCAGCACAGCACUGGCCUCAUCCCCACACCAGCCAUUGUAACUCUAAUGUAUCCUCAUUCCAGAGCCACAGUUUUCUCACCUAAGCAGGAAUGUGACAACACUCAGCCUCGUGAAAACCUCUGGGUGCUUAUGGACCUGUCACACAACAAAGGGACA